GAAAGCUGGACGCAUUACGAGCGAUGGAGGAAAUCUAUGUCAACGUUGAAGACAUCAAACCUUCAAUAAGUCAGACAGGUCCCAGGAGCUCUGAGAGGAGAUUUCAUGGAGCUGUUGUUGUCUCUCUGAGUCUGCUGAGUGUUUUCCUGCUGACUGGGCUCGUUGUCCUCAGUGUGCACUACCAUAAAAAUUCAAAUGCAGAACUCUCCGCUGGAGAAGCCAACCUGACUGAGUGUCUUCAGGCCAGUGACAUCAAACUCUCCUCCCUGACUGAAGAGAGAGACCAGCUGAAUAUCAGUCUCACUGAAAUGACUAAAGAGCUGAAGAGGCUUCAGAGUUUGUCCAAACAGAAGAAAACGUGUCCUGCAGGAUGGAGGAUGUUCAACGGUUCCUGUUAUCUCCUCUCCACUCAGUCUGGUUCUUGGGAAAAAGGCAGAGAGGACUGCAGAGCCAGAGGAGCAGAUCUGGUGGUCAUAGACAGUCUUGAAGAGCAGACAUUCCUUGAUGAAUUUGCUGCGGUAGAAGAGUUUUGGUGGAUUGGUUUGACUGACAGGGACAAGGAGGGGACCUGGAAAUGGAUUGAUGGAACUCCAUUGACUCAAAGUUACUGGUGUGAAAAGCAGCCUGAUAAUGGUGGUGGAGAUCCGCAGUGGGGGGAAGAAGACUGUGCACAUAUAUACACUAGCAAGGAUUCUGACAAAAACUGGAACGAUCGGUCAUGUACUGCUUCUAUGAAAUGGAUCUGUGAGAAAAUGGCUUAGCGCUGGUGUGUAAUCUCCAUCCAUGCUUUUACAAAGACCUUUGGUAUUGAGUGUCCGUUUAUAUUUGUGUGUGUGAAAGAGAGAGACUCAUGUAUUACUAUUUCUUUCUCAUCAAAGUUUGGCAUUGUUGAAGAACAUUUCUGUGUAAACCUCUCUGCACCAGUGUGAGGAUCCUCUUCCUUCUUCUCCACUUUAAUCAUAAGUGUAAUGUAUAUGUUUGAUUAGUUAUUGAUGCAAGAUCCUGAUCAUUCAACAAGUGGAAGUACACAACUGAAAGUUUCUGCCAGGCAUCUGAAACUGUGUCAUUUACAUUGACAAUAUCCCACUGCUCAUAGUCUUUGGCCCACAGUUUAACACGAUGCAAAAGCAACAACACAAAUACAAAAGACACAACACA